AUGCGCUCAGGGCGCUAUCUACGACUCAUACGAACGCGAGCCGCACUCUAUUUUCCUCCCGGGAACAGACUCACCCUUCUUCGAACCCUGAAGGAUCUGGUCGCGGACGAUAGACGCAAGAUCAUCUGGAUCUCUAGCGAGUCGGGGUCAGGAAAGUCGACUGUGGCACAUGCACUCGCAGAUGAGCUUCGCGGAGAGGGAAGGCUCGCAGGCACGUUCUUUUUUUCGAGAAAAUACAUCAAGCGUAGCACCUUCGAUCACGUCCUCCACACUCUUGCCUACCAGUUGGGGCUGCAUCACCCCCGCGCCAAAGAGAUCAUUAUCAAAGCCAUUUCCGACGACCCCGCUCUUCUCUCUUCCGAGAAAUCGCGCAAUGAUUUGAUAGAGAAGCUCAUCAUUGAACCCUUGAGGCAACUUGCAGUGAUUUGGAAAGGCGAGGUCGGUAUGUCCAUCAUCUUGGACGCGCUUGAUGAAGGGACUAGCAGUGGCCUACAUUACAUCGACCCCUUCGUUUCUCUGCUCGCCCACCUCAUCAGGGAUGCCUCCCUUCCCAUUUAUAACCUCAUCAUUUCUAGCCGACUGAGAGAUCGUCCUUGA